UUUAAUGUAUAAUUGAUUAAAUAAAAAUAGUUUAAAUAAAAACUUAUUGAUUAUUCAAAAGGGUAAAAAAUGAAUAAAUUAUACGUAGAAUGACUUUUAUUUUAUAACAAAAAAAAUAAAUUUAAAGUGACUUAUUAUUAUGAAACAAAGGAAAUAGUAAAUUGACUGUUAAUUACAGAUCCAUUGUUUAACUGGAAACUCAAAGAGCAGAUGUGCGUUGAAAUGAAAGCUAAGUGUAAAAUAUUUAAGACAACAAUGAAACAAAAAUAAUACACAAAAUAAAAUACACCUUUUGGCACACAAUUUACGACUAUUUAGUAUUUAUAAGUACAUACAUUCACUUUCACCAGAAUCUUAUCAACACCAAAUCAACACAGUCUCUCUCUCACUCUCAACACACAAAACCCUUUGAAUUCCUUAUAACGGAUGUUGUUACAAAUACCCUAAAACCCUAAUCUCAGUACGAGCAGUUUCCAGCCACAAAUCCAAGACUCUUCAAAAAGAAUGUUUCAUCAAGACAACACAACGCAACAAAGUCGUGACACAACGACAAGAACACCAUCCUUCAUGUCAAACACUCUUUCGAGAAACCCUAAUAGCAGCUCAAGCUCCGGAGCCGCCGGGAGAUUCCCAAGGUUUGGACUCAACGUCGACGACGAUCUAGUUUCAUCCGUGGUUCCUCCGGUUACCGUUGUGCUCGAGGGACGUUCUAUCUGCCAACGCGUUAGCCUAGAUAAACAUGAGAGUUAUCAAAGCUUGGCUUUGGUUCUGAGGCAAAUGUUUGUAGAUGGAGCUGAUUCGACUUCCGGGACUGAUGAUCUUGAUCUGUCUAACGCCAUUCCUGGACACCUUAUUGCUUAUGAAGACAUGGAGAACGAUCUCCUUCUUGCUGGUGAUCUCAGUUGGAAGGACUUUGUUCGGGUAGCGAAGAGAAUUCGAAUCUUGCCGGUGAAAGGGAACACAAGAAAGGAUAGAAGAAACGAGUGAGUGAGAGUAGAGAUAACGUUUUGCCAACGAUGUCAGAAGAUGUUUUGUAGCAGCCUAGCUAUGUGUCGGUGAUUCCCAAGGGCAUUAUUGUAAACUUACUACCAUAUGUGUUUUCUUCUUUGUUCGCUUAGAGCAUCCGCAAUGGUGAAGCUCACCAUGGAGUCCUUAGGCUUAUUUUACUUUUUUUUUUUUUAUAGUUAAGGAUCCUAAUCAAAUAUGUAAGUCCAAUAGUAAAUCUCACUUUUGGAAUCCUUACUAAUAAAAAAAUAUUUUUUUAAAAAAAAAGUGAAAUUAAAUUUUUUUAUUUAUAACAUGAUUUAAUAGAAAGAUACAACAUUUAUUAAUAAUCUUCAAUCACCAAAUUUGUUCCAAAUAUUUUCAAUCAAAUCAUUUUUCAAUCGUUGAUGUAAACGCUUAUCGUGAACAUCAUCCCGAAUGCCAAGCAUAUUAGCGAUAUUUGUAAGCCUGUCGGUAUGUACCCGUGAACUUCUCGUGCCGUCUUCUUCAAAUUUAGAUAUAUCAUACUGAAUGUAUCCAUCUCGUUCAUUUUCGACUAUCAUAUUGUGUAGUAUGAUACAUGCUCUCAUAAUCUUCCCUA